AUGGCGGGUAAUUUUUGUAUCGACUGCCUUCGUAAUAGUUGUCCUCACCCUAGUGGCUUCUGUUAUUGGCGUACUGUUGUUCGGUCCGAAGCCAACUUCCACGAUUCGCAGUGUGCGCGACGAGACAUAAACAGUCAUUAUUUUACUAAAUUGCCGUAUUUAUUAUUAGGGUGGAGUGGUUCCAUCCUACCUGUUCAGUAUUCGUCGUUCGAUGCUUCCUCGCUUCACGCACCUUCGUCGCCGAGGAGAUACGAAGCCGAUAUGUCGGCCAAUCACCUGCUGACACUCCUGAUCACAAAGCGGAAGGUGUGCUUGCUGGAGGCGACCACAGGCGAUGAAGUAAGGAGCAGAGAGCUGUACUUGGCCGAACAUAUCGAAACUGCUCGCCUCCUCUAUCACUCAAACCUUAGCCAUUCCGGAGUGCCAGUUCAUCCGCUUCAAUUUCAACGCUAUAUUCGAUCACUGGGUGUAGACAACGAUUGUCACGUGAUAAUCUACGACAGGGGACAAAUGAUCUGGAGCACCUACGCAGCAUGGAUUUUUAAGCUCUUCGGACACCGUCGCGUUUCUAUUUUGAGUGGCGGUUUCCUUGGUUGGAAAGCACAACAGGCCAGAUCGUUGCAAUACCGAACCAAUAGUGGUGAAGAAAGUGGACGAUCACAAGGAGAUCUGCUGUCAACGUGGAAUCAAUCUGUGGUGAUUACUUUUGACGAUGUCCUUCUCAAUAUCGAACUUCAUAACUUUGAUAUCGUUGACGCUCAAACAAAAGAGGAAUACAAUGGUGAGCCAACGGGGGUGUUGUAUGGGCACAUUCAUGGCGCAAUCAACAUCCCAGUCGAUGUCAUCUAUGACUGGAAGGCGAACAAGUGGCGCUCAUCCGAGGAAAUCGAGCAGGUCUUUAAUUAUGCCGGUCUCAUACGUCAGAAGCCUGUGAUAGUCUAUUGUUCCACUUCUCUACGGUCGUCACUGGUGUGGUGGGCACUGAAGCGUUUGAAUUACGACGCCAGAAUCUACUUCGGCGGCUGGCCCGAGUGGGUCGUACGGGCGCCCGACGAGUUGAAAGUGCUAGGAAGAACUGUUGGUCGAUAA